UUAUUCCUCGGCGGGUUCGGUUUUGGUUGAAUUGGAGAUAUAGCUGAAUCCCGUGUGAGUCAUGGUUAUUUACGUCCUGCACAUGUAUACCCCCACCCAUGCAUGAUGCAUAUUGUAAAGCAGUUCAUUCUAUUGAUAAUUGGAGAUUGCCCGAAGGGCUGAUGGUCAUCAGAGAUUCUUUCACAUUAGGACGCUUAGACAAUAUAGUUUGUAUUACAGGUUGAAGGACGUAUAAUCCUAGAUACUCAGCCACGUUGAAGCCACUCUUUGUGGGUGUCAAAGAUGCCGAUACCGCAUCAGUGGUGAAUUUAUCCUGAAAGGAACGCAUUUAAAGAGGCGGGGUACUGGAGCGGCUCUGAGAGGGCAGGUCAAAGGGUAUUUUCCUCAGCCACACUCACACCUUAACAGUCCACACCUUAACAGUCCACACCUUAACAGUCCACACCUCUUAUCAGCUCCAUUCUCAACCCUUAUGUCUUUUAUCAACCCCUUGGUUUCCAACCCAAUUCCCAACAUCAAAGCCGAACUCUUGGCCCAUUUCAAGGGGAAGCACGUCAGCUGCCUCCCUACCCCGUCUUUUGUCAUCAACAAAUCCGUUGUUGAGCGGAACUCCCAACGGAUGCUUUCGCUGGUGGUCCAGUUGCAGGCACGUCUGACGGCAAAGAUCCAGUUCCGAGGCCAUGUCAAGACCCACAAGACGUGGGAAAUCCUCAAGUACCAGCUCGGAUACGAUGCCUCCCCUCACUUCGACAAUAUUCUCAUCUCCACCUUGAAUGAGGGCUGGAAAAUCAUCCAGGAACAGAACAAAAGUGAGAAAAAGUACGUACGCAGCAUGGUCUACGGUUUGCCAAACGUCACGUUCGACACCUUGCACCAGUUGACGGCGAUGCGCAAACACAUCGAGGAGAUCAUCCUCUUGGUGGACCACCUUGACCAUUUGCGCGUGGUGAAAGCGUUCUGCGAGGCCCACAGUUCCUUGCACUGGCCCGUGUUUAUCAAGAUCGACAUGGGUACCCAUAGGGCCGGGAUAGAACUCGCUGGUGGUAAUUUGGCCCCGUUGGUCGAGUAUAUCAGUGCGAAUUCUGAGCUCAGUCUCUACGGCUUCUACGCCCACGCGGGCCAUUCCUACUCGUCCAAAACGCUUGAGCAGGCUGAAAACUACUUGUAUGAUGAAAUUAAGGCUGUGACGGAUGCCACCAAGCAGAUUGGUGGUUCCUUUGACAUCUCGAAGCUUGUGCUUUCGGUGGGUGCUACCCCCACGUUGCACGCCCUUUCGCGCUGCUUCCAGGGUGCGAAUAACCACAAACUCGCUGCAUUGAUCAACAAUGAUCUCUUGGGGGUUCUCGAACUCCACGCUGGCAACUAUUGCUGUCUUGACUUGCAGCAGGUGAGCACCGGGUGCACCGAUUUGGAGAACUUGUCGGGCUAUGUCUUGAGCACCGUCAUCUCACAGUACCCUGGCCGUCAGGGUGGCGAGUUGUUGAUCAACGCAGGAUCACUUGCCUUGUCUAAGGAAACGUCAUCGAUGUUUCCGGGCUUCGGUAAGAUUGACUAUUUAAGUGCUCAGCAUGGAAAUGCCGAUACUUUGGCUGUUGUCUCAAAUCAGACUGGGGGAGAUGGGACUGGAGACUAUGGGGAGUGGUAUGUCAACAGAGUCAGCCAGGAGCACGGGAUUUUGAAGCCAUUGGCGGAAACCGCGACAAUGAUUCCCAUCGGAACCAAGGUGAAGGUGUUGCCCCAGCACUUCUGCAUCACCUCCAGUUCAUACAAUGUGUACUAUAUCAUCGACGAUGAGAGUGAGGAGAAGAUUGUUGAUGUAUGGGUUCCAUGGAGGGGAUUUUCGUAGGUAAAGGACAUGUUUGAAAGGGUUUAUAUACAAAAGUCGUAUGUUUUAAGUUUGAGAUAUGAUGGGUCC